AUGCGCUUCUCUCUUCUCGCGGCCGUGCCCUUCCUCUUUGGCACGUCACAAGCUGCAGUCCCGAGGCCGCUCUGGAAUGUAACCAAUCUAACACCCUUGAAGUUCAAAGAGGACGGCACAUUCCAGAUCUCCAUUUUCAAUGAUCUGCACUUUGGAGAGAAUGCGUGGGAUCAAUGGGGCCCGCAGCAAGAUGCCAACACGCUCAAGGUCAUGGACAAAGUGUUGGACGCUGAGCCAUCCGACCUCGUUGUCCUCAACGGCGACCUGAUCACGGGUGACAACGCGUUUCUCCACAACGGGAGCGCGUACGUGGACCGCAUCGUCGCCCCUAUGGUCCGCCGCGGCCUGCCUUGGGCCUCGACCUAUGGCAACCACGACUAUCAGUACAACCUUUCGGGGGGCUCCAUAUUGGCGCGAGAACGGCGCUUCCCGGGCGCCAUGACCACCGACAUGGUCCGAGACCCGCGCGCCGGGACGACCAACUACUACCUGCCAGUCUACGGCGCCGACUGCGACGCGGCGCUGACGAGCAACCACUCAUACGUCCCGCCCGGCCGCCCCGGCCGCCGCUGCGUCCCCGAGCUCGUCCUCUGGUUCUUCGACAGUCGCGGCGGCUUCCUCUUCCAGAAACUCAACGAGACGUCGGGCGAGCGGCUCGGGCACGAGAACUGGGUGCACCCGAGCGCCGUGUCGUGGUUCCGGCGCACGAGCCGCCAGCUGGCGCGCAGCUUCGGCGGCGCCGUCGUGCCCAGCCUGGCCUUUGUGCACAUCCCCGUCGCCGCAUCGCUGGCGCUGCAGACGGAGCACGGCCGCAACGGCUCCUCAUCCUCCUCGGUCGACCCCAACCGGCAGCCGGGCAUCAACGACGACUGCCCGCUCGGGCCGCAGGCCCAGGGCUGGUGCCCGGACGGCAGGGACCGGGCCGGCUGCGACUACGGGGGCCAGGACGUGCCGUUCAUGCAGGCGCUCGUCGACACCCCCGGGCUGGUGGCCCUCUUCUCGGGCCACGACCACGGCAACACGUGGUGCCACAAGUGGGACCGGCUCGUGCCCGGCAUGACGGUCGAGGGCAACGGGCUCAACCUCUGCUUCGGCCAGCACACGGGCUACGGCGGCUACGGGAACUGGGUCCGGGGCGGCCGGCAGGUCCUGGUCACGCGCGAGAUGCUAAGGGCGCGCGAGGUGGACACGUGGAUCCGCCUCGAGACGGGAAACGUGGUCGGGUCCGUCUCCCUUAACGCUACGUACGGCAAGGACGCCUACCCGGCCACCCCGAACCGCAUGACCCACUGCCCGACCUGCGACUACAGCAAGUCCAGCUCGGAGCCGGCAGCGGUGUCACGCAGGUCGCUUUGGCAUUCACAGCCCAAGCGGCUCUUGUCGGCGUGGUCGCGAAGACGAGCUGGAAAGUAA